AUCAUUGAGGGCUAUCAGCGGUGAAGGGUAGAAGGGCCAGACCCCACACACCCAUCCUCAGCGAGUCUCCCCCAGUCCAGGGUCCAGAUGAACCGCCUGCCGCUCAGCGCCAUCGCCCAGAAGCUCCAGUUCUCCAGCGACGAGGACGAGGAGGAGGAGGAGGAUGAGGUCGGCACCAAGUUCUGCGACCUCCUUCGCGUCCAGGAAGGAGGCACCGUGUCCCCGUUGCCGACGCCCAGGCGAGAGUGCGCCUCGCCCUUCAGCCGCUUCCCGCUCGGGGCUCGGUCCACGACUCCGUCCGGGGAGAAGAAGCCGCCCCGGAGCCCGAGAGUUCGUCUGGCCGCCCGCAACGAGUGUCCCGGGACUCCCGACCAUUGCAUGAACUGGAGGAAGCUGCGGCUCGGUGACACUCCGUACACUCCCAAGAGCCUGUUCUCCAAGGCUGGGCAGAUCUCCACUGCCAACAAAGGACCCGUCUCGAGGAUUCGCCGACCGUUGGGCUUUGGCCCCAGUUCCGACCUGCACUGGGUUCCAACAGUGAAUGUGAACCCCUUCACCCCAACUCUGUACCAUGAACUGGGACGUGCACGCAGUAGAAAAAAUGAGCAAAUGGGGAAAAGGCGAAAGAGAAUUGAAGAAAGAGGCCGUAGGAAACGUCUUGGGAUGAUGGAGAGAGCCACUGCUGAGGAAUUGGUGCGACGAUCAGAGAGGUUCAACAUCUGUGAGAGCAUGGGUUCCCGCUACGCCACAGAAUUUUGCGAGUUGGAGAAGAUUGGAAGUGGAGAGUUUGGGGCUGUGUUCAAGUGUGUGAAGCGACUGGAUGGCUGCCUGUAUGCCAUCAAACGGCUGAAGAGGCCUUUGUCUGGCUCAGUAGAUGAGCAGUCUGCGCUGCGUGAGGUGUACGCACACGCCGUGCUAGGGCAUCACCCCCAUGUGGUGCGCUACUAUUCAGCCUGGGCAGAGGACGACCACAUGCUGAUUCAGAACGAAUACUGUAAUGGGGGCAGUCUGGCUGAUGCACUGAUGGAGAAUUUACUGGAGGGGAUUCUACUGCCUGAGGGCGAGCUGAAGGAGAUCCUACUGCAAGUAUCAAUGGGACUGAAGUACAUUCACAGCUCCAGUCUGGUUCACAUGGAUGUUAAGCCAAGUAACAUCUUUAUUUGCCAAAGUGUGACACCUGAUGUGAUUAGCUGUGUGGAAGACGAGAGUGACACUGAUGAGGAGGGAAGUUUGGUAACUAACAUACUGUACAAACUUGGUGACCUUGGCCACGUGACGUCACUGUCCAAUCCGCAGGUAGAGGAAGGAGACAGUCGCUUCUUGGCAAACGAAAUAUUGCAAGAGGACUAUUCAAACCUGCCCAAAGCCGACAUCUUUGCCCUGGGCCUUACCAUGGCGCUGGCUGCGGGAGUGGAUGAGCUGCCUCAGAAUGACCUGGCUUGGCACUACAUCAGGAAGGGCAACCUUCCUACAAUCCCUCAGCAGCUCUCGCAUGAAUUUCUCAAUCUCCUGAAUCAACUGAUCAGCCCAGAUCCCGUGCACCGGCCCUCCUCUGCUGCUCUCACCCGGCACACUGUUCUUCGGAGAAAUUCCAACAAAAUGGCUUCCCAGCUCCGGAAAGAACUCAAUGUGGAACGUUUCAGGACAGCAAUGUUGGAAAGGGAAUUGAUGAACGCAAGACUCUCUCAGGGCUUUCCACAGUCUGAUGUUAAAUCUCUGCAUCCAGGGAAGAGACAAGUUCUCCCAGACAAGAGCCAGAGGAUGGUGGGGGGUCGAUCCAGCCGCUCGAUGAGUUUCAACUGUGGACGCUACUGAGGACCAAUGUUACUGGGCAAGAGGAGAAUGGAAACUGGUAACAAUCUCUGGUUUUGGAUUCACUUCAGUAGCACUAGCAAUGGCUUCAAGUCUUAACUUGCCCAAAGGUUUUGGCAUGUUUGAAGAAUAUCAAAUUUGCUCACCACUGAUCGACCUUGGACCUUGAAUACUGUGCACAUCUGAUGUGCUAUAGCACUGUCUUGAGUAUUUUUUAAUUUAAACUAGUUUCUAUAAUCUGUAAAUAUUGCUUUUUAAUUCUUCCUGUUCCUGAUCUGUCAGGAGGUACACAUCUCAAGGUACUAACCAUUUAGCAGAUUGAACUACUUUAAACCUUUUAAUGCAGCAAAUCUCUAUUUGUGGACCUGAAUCCCUGGAGAUGGGGUUUGAGACUUGUUGAUAAACUCUCUGCUUUGUGAAUGUACGUGUUGUUCAGAUGUCACUGGACAGGCUUGAUCUCCUGAGUUUGCUCAUGUGUUUGUCAUCUCCAUGUCAUGCGACUCUCCGGUAUCUGAGAGCCAGUGAUGUCUUUAUCACAGGUACAGCAGGUCUGAUCCAUUUACUGACGUAAUAAGCCUUUACCCAGUGAGUGCAUUAAAUGGUAAACUUUCCUUGAGCUGAUCGCUGAUCAAGAAUAAACUUGUUUUUAUCUAUUUAAUUUUAAUGGAAUGAGAUUAGAG